AUGGACUUUAUAAGAAAAAUCAACAAAAAUGUGCAGGAAUCAUUCUCAAUACUCAACGAAGGAAUCCAAAUCACAAACUCGAUUCUGGAAUUAAAUACAAUACACCUGCCACAAUUAUUUCAAUUACGUCCAUCUAAAAAUAAAAAUGACAAAGAAGGAGGAUUAUGUUGCUUGUUCGAGGAAAAUAAGCCGGAAAUAGUUGGGAGUGUAGAACAAAUUAAAACAAACGGCUUGAAAUCGAAAGAAGUGGGAGAACAAACUAAUAAAAGUAAAUUUUUAAAUAGAUUAAGAACAGGAUACCAAGAAAAGUAUGAUUUGAGUAGAAACCAGGUAACUGAGCCAGGGAAGAUUUUAGAGUUGGAAUGUGCCCAGGGAGAAAAAUGUUUAUUAAAAAGUUUUUCAGUAAACUUGUACAGAGAAAGCAUUGAUUUUGUGUCAUUCUUUCUUAACACACUGAGUAAUGUACUUAAGGACUCUAACAAAGCAUCAAGAAAGUUAGUGGAAAACCAAACGUUUUUAGUGUUGUUUGAAAUAUCUAAAUUGGUAGAAGUAACGGUAUUCUUGAGGUCAGAUAAUCAAAAGGUAAGAAAAAUCAUACAAGAUGUGGAUUCGAUAUAUGGUUCGCUGGUUAGUUUGGUGUCAUUUUCCCUAAAGUUGCUGAAUGAAGUCUUGCAAUACCCACUGCAUAUCUUCUUUAAUAACCUUGAAAAGGAAUAUGAUGACUGUAGAAUUGAAAAGAGGAAAUAUGAAAGUUUCUUAAAGCAGAGAUACCCGUCACAAAAUUUAGAUGAAUAUGAUAUGAUAGGCUCGUUCUGGUUCAUAAAUAUAACUGAUGAGGAGAGGAUAGAUUUGGAUCAGUAUUUGCAAUACCUAGACUCAAUUCUGGAUAGUUCAAACAACUCAAGAUCAAUAAUAAACUAUAUAAGUUUAAUAUGUGAACAGGAAGAUGAUUCCUAUAAAAAUAUUUUAUACGGAUUCCUGUUAAUAUUUCAGAAGUUGUUUGGAUACAAUGACCUUAAUUGGCACUUAUCGGAAAAUGAUACAAACAAAUUAUAUUUUUGGAACAGAUACUACGACAGCUGUAGCUACUACUUGUAUUAUAAUGAUUGCUGUUACGACUGCACAAAGCCAAAGAUGAAUCCAAACCUUUCAGUGGAAGGUGACUACUGUACGUGCCUACUUAGUAACGAAAGGUGCAAUUUCAGAGUUAAGAUUGUGUUGGAAGAAGAUUUGAAAACUAACAAGGAAGUAUUAAGGAUUUUAUCUAAAGUUCUUGAGCAUUUUAGUGAAGUUUACAUCAAAACAAGGGUUCUAGGGUUGAUACUUCAGAUAGUAUCACAAAUUGACCCAUUCAUGGACUUGAUGCACAAACAUGGGAUUUUUGAGUCAGUAUUUGAAACACUAUCUGAAUGUAGUAAUGACCAGUUUUACCUCUUAAAUAACACCUUAAAUGUGGUUACAUACCAGAGUCAAAAUCCCAUAAAUUUUCUAUCAUUAAUCAGAGAAGAAGAUUUAAAAAUACUCAUGACAUUCCCACCAUGUACAAUAGAAUCCAUUUUGUUAAUACAUAAAUAUGUGGUCGCCUCAAAGUGGAAAAUCCCAGUAAAAUAUAGAAAAAUCCUACUAAAUUACUCUAAACCUCUAACUCGAUUGUACACCUAUUACAAGUGUACAUAUCAAUCUUCUAAGACGCUGGAACUCUCGGGACUAUUCUCACAAAUUUUAACCGUGGUUAUUGAAAGUGUUUUGGUAGCCCAAGUUGCUCUAAGGAAUCUUACUGAGGUGAUUUAUCCCUUUUGUUUACACCUAGUUUCAAAAUUGAGGACGCUUGAAUACUCUAGCGAUUUUGGUGAAUUUAGAGAUAACUUUGAUUUGGAGCUGUUUAACAUGUUGGCGUGUAGUUAUGUGAUACUUCUAAACUUGUCAAAGUCAGGAGGAAUAUUUGUGGAAUAUCAGCUUUUCAGUUCUAUUUCCAACUAUUUGUCAGUAUCACUUUGUUUUAUGGACAAGUUUGGAAGUGAUAAUGUGGUUGAGUGGAUGACAACACAAACAGUUAGUAACUUGCAUGAAGUGUACAAGUAUAUGUUAAAUGUGGCACAUACAAGGGAAACAAAUAAUGAAGAAGUUGUGAGAAUAAAGAUGGAUAGUUUGCUGGAUUUCUGUACCUUCCCAAUCUUCCAACUGGCCGUGACACUGUUUGAUCCAUACAUAAAUACAAGAAUUUGUGAUAAACUGAUUAAAAGUGUAAGUUCAAAGAAAAAAUAA